GCGCAUCCCUCGAGCCGCCUCGCGCCCGCGGCACCCGGCGGCGGCGGGCCUCGGAGCCGGCGCGGCCAUGGCGACGGGCACUCAGCAGAAGGAGAACACGCUGCUUCACCUUUUCGCCGGCGGGUGUGGGGGCACAGUUGGUGCUAUUUUCACUUGUCCACUAGAAGUCAUUAAGACGAGGUUGCAGUCUUCAAGACUAGCUCUUCGGACAGUCUAUUAUCCUCAGGUUCAUCUGGGGACCAUUAGUGGAGCUGGGAUGGUGAGACCAACAGCAGUGACACCUGGACUUUUACAGGUUCUGAAGUCCAUCUUGGAGAAGGAGGGACCAAAGUCACUCUUCAGAGGCUUGGGUCCAAAUUUGGUUGGAGUCGCGCCAUCAAGGGCUGUGUACUUUGCAUGUUACUCCAAAGCCAAAGAGCAGUUCAAUGGCAUUUUCGUGCCUAAUAGCAAUGUUGUGCAUAUUUUCUCAGCUGGCUCUGCAGCUUUUGUCACAAAUUCCUUAAUGAAUCCUAUAUGGAUGGUGAAAACCCGGAUGCAGCUAGAACGGAAGGUGCGAGGCUCCAAGCAGAUGAACACACUCCAGUGCGCUCGCUAUGUUUACCAGACAGAAGGCAUCCGUGGCUUCUAUAGGGGGUUAACUGCCUCAUAUGCUGGAAUUUCAGAAACUAUCAUCUGUUUCGCUAUUUAUGAAAGUUUAAAGAAGUAUCUGAAAGAAGCUCCAUUAGCCUCUUCUACAAGUGGGACUGAGAAAAAUUCCACAAAUUUUUUUGGACUUAUGGCAGCUGCUGCUAUUUCUAAGGGAUGUGCUUCCUGUAUUGCUUAUCCACACGAAGUCAUAAGGACGCGGCUCCGGGAGGAGGGCACCAAGUACAAGUCUUUUGUCCAGACCGCUCGGCUGGUCUUCCGGGAAGAAGGUUACCUUGCCUUUUAUAGAGGACUCUUUGCCCAGCUCAUCCGGCAGAUACCCAACACUGCCAUUGUGUUGUCUACCUAUGAGUUAAUUGUGUACCUAUUAGAAGACCAUACUCAGUAACAGGCCAGAAAAUUGUGCUCUAGAAUAAAACUGAGAAACUCUAGAGAAUUUUUUUUCCAUUGAUGUUUAGAAUGUUUGAGACUGAAACAGGAGAGGCCAUAAAAUAUCUGGUUCAUAUCACCUGUUGGAUAUUUCCUUUUGGAUUCAUGUUUUCUGGAAGGUUUAAAUUCAUUAACGUUAAUAGUUAAUUAUAACUUUUGUUUUUUUAACUUAAGGGGAUUCAGGAUUAAGCUGCAGCUAAAUUAAAUCAUGCUAUUUAAUUUAAGUGUG